AUGCUUUUGCUCCUCCUUAUCCUUUUCCCUCUGGCUUUGUGCCAGUCACCUCUGACCAAAGCUUGGAAUGAGGCGCUACCGGGAGUGCAGCCAUUCUGGGAAAAGUACCAAACUGGACCUCAUGGUGUUGUAAUUAGAGGAUGGCAAUUCAGUCGAUGUGCUAGCGAGCAGGUGAGUUUUUUCUCCUGUACGGCACGCUCUCUCACUUCUCGUAAGCAGCAUGACGUGCGAGAAGAAAAACUUGGAUCGGUCGGUGGAGUUUCGGCGAGACUGUUUUGGACUAUAAGGGAUACAAUAGAGAUAAAUCAAUUUAUCUCUAUCUGA